ACAUGUUUAUUUUAUGAUAAAAACUUGUUAUUGAGUGAAUAUUAUAUUUUAAAUUUUUUAUUAAGUUUUUUCUUCAUCGACUCUUACCCUUCCCCGACGAACGAUUGUACUUCGCCUCUGCGGUUGCUACUGUCGAUCAGCUGCUCUCUCGAGCUCAUAAAGAUGAUGCCAUUUAAGGAAUUAGUGGAAGCUUUGCGUUUUGUUUGCACCUCGUCAUUUUGGAGAAUGACCCUUCACUGGACAUACUCCCUUGUAUUUUCCUAUAUAAAUCUGCUCACUCAAACCAUGUUCACCCAGAAAUCCGUAUACCAUCAAUGUGUUGUUUCACCUCUACCUCCAAUAACAUCUGACAAACGUCUACCAAUCUGCAUCAUCACUGGUGCAACAUCUGGGUUGGGUGCUGCAGCAGCUCUUGCUCUUUCAAAGAAAGGCUUCUUUGUGGUUCUUGCUGGAAGAUCCUCUCAUAAGUUAUCAAAGGUUAUGUCUGACAUCAGAAGUCAAAGUGAAGAGGUGCAGCUUAAAGCAUUUGAAGUUGACACAUCAUCAUUCUCAUCAAUAAUGAGGUUCAAAGAAUCACUUGAGCAGUGGCUUUUGGAGUCUGAUAUGCAUCCUUCUAUACAACUUCUGAUAAAUAAUGCUGGGAUAUAUGCACUUACAAGCAGACUCACUACAGAAGGCCAUCAUGAUCAGAUGAUGGGGACCAAUUACAUUGGGCCAUUCUCUCUUACACAAGUUUUACUCCCAUUUCUAAAGAAUAGUCCAGUUCCUUCUCGCAUUAUUAAUAUCACAUCCUUUACACAUCGAAAUGUAUCUAGUUUUCAGGCAGAUAAGGAGACAGUUUCUGGCAAGCGCUUAUCUAAAUUUAAACACUACCCAUGUGCUGAGAUCUACGAGUACUCAAAAUUAUGUAUGUUACUUUUUUCAUAUGAGCUCCAUCGACAACUUCAAGGAUCUGGAUCUCAAGGAGUCUCAGCGAUUGGUGUGGAUCCUGGAUUAGUGAAAACGAAUAUCAUGCGAGAAGUACCAUGGUGUAUCAGGCAGCUUGCUUUUAUUGUCUUGCAGUUUCUAGGCCUUCUUCAGUCACCUGAGGCUGGUGUCUCAGCUGUUAUUGAUGCCGCCCUUGCCCCUCCUGAAACAUCAGGAUUAUACUUUUUUGGUGGGAAUGGUAGGACAGUUGAAUCUUCUGCACUAUCUUACAACAUGAAGCUUUCAAGGGAAUUAUGGGAUACAUCUUGUGAUAUAUUUCAAGAUUCUAUGCUGAAUUACAACAAAGUUUCAGUUUCUAGUGAGAAGGUUGAUUGAUAAAUGAAAACUGGUACUACCCCUUCUACAUUUAGAAAGAAAUGUCAGUGUUUCUGGAAUAUAUAUAACUUAUGUUGGAAAUAAUGUACCGAUGGUUAAUUGUUAUGGAAACUUUGCUACCGUGUUAAAACUUUUAUCAAGAA